CCUCCUCCACUGGUACUUCUGUGUCUGCCGCCGGUCCACAGAUGAAACGGACAUUGUUUUCGUGAUACACGUUCUGUGAGGCGCGCGUCGGCCUCGUGUGAAAGCCUCAUCUCACGGAUCCCUCGCGCCUCGUCGUCCCCGGUUCGCCCUUCAGCGACGUCGCCGCGCGUCCCCGCGCCCCCCCCCCCCCACCUCCGCCCGUCAGCCGCUGCGCAUCGGCGAAAUAUGCAGGAUGAGCCGGUGCGGCUGACAACCACGAAAAUACCCGCGUCGAGCGAGGAGAGGGACAGCCCCGAGUCCGGCGCGCGGCCGAACCGAGCCGACGGCUCGCUCACGCCGGAUUACAGCCGCCGCGGAGCUUUCCCCGGUUGCGCGCGACGCCGCCGUCCUUGCGCUGCGCAGUCCGCCCGUGACCUUCAGCCGCGCGGCCGGAAGAGGCGCCAGCAGCAGUCGUCGAGCCGGCGCACCGAGUCUUCCAGCGCCGCGGAGUCGCCCCCGACGCCCCGGGGACCCGUCAGCCACCUGCCGCGGAGGCGGCCCGACCGCCGCGGCUCCCCGGAGGCCGCGGCCGAACCCGAUGCUGCGUCGCCUUCGCCCGCUCCCGUGAGUCCCGACGCGGUCCAGAUGGACUCGUCCGUCGCCCACCAGAUGAGUAACGGCACUGGCACCGCCGGCAACGUGCCGCCCGGAGGCCUCGGCGCCGCGUUCCCGAACCUCCCCGCCCAGGAGCUGCAGAGCGCCGGCUCGUCCCCCGGGUUCGGCGCGCCGUGGUCCGUCCAGACCAGCUCCCCGCCCCCGCCCGCAUCCAACUCCACCAACCACCACCAGGUGCACGCGAACGCCAUCGACCAGGUGGGCAACGCGGACCCCGACAGCGGCUUCUACCCCGGCAUCCCGCCCUCCGUCAACCCGGCCUUCUUCCAGAGCUUCUCCCCGGUGGCGGCUAAUCCGUGCGCCGGGAUUAACGCGCAGGGCUUCGGCGGUGCCUUCUCGCCGCAGAUGAACGUGCCGCAGCAGGCGCAGAGUCGCCGGUCCCCGGUCAGCCCCCAGAUGCACCCGCAGCAGGGCGCCUUCCUGCAGCAGAGGAACAACUACAACCAGCACCAGCCCAUGGGGAAGCAGCAGUCUCCGUGGGGGGGUCACCAGGGGAACGGCUGGGGCUCCGGCGGGAUGUCCUGGGGCCGGGACCACCGCAGGGGGAGCGGCGUGGGCGGACCCGGCUCGGGGGGGCACCACGUCUCGCCCCUGAAGAAGGCCUUCUCCAGCAACAUCAUCGCCCCGCCCAAGUUCCCACGCUCCGCCGGCUCGCUGGGGCCCAAGUCCUGGAUGGAGGAGAACCUGUUUCGCACCGACGGCAACAGCAACACCUUGUUGCCCCUGCAGGAGCGCAGCCGGAUGUACGACAGCCUGAACAUGCACUCCCUGGAGAGCUCGCUCAUCGACAUCAUGCGGGCCGAGCAGGACCCCAUGAAAGGCCGCGUUGGAUGCCCUAACCCCGGGGCCGACGGCCUCCUCAUGCUCAACGCCCGGAGCUACGGGAGACGUCGAGGUCGCUCCUCCCUCUUCCCCAUUGACGACAACCUCCUCGACGACGGCCACGGCAACCAGGGCGUCCCGGGAGUCCACGGCCCCCACGGCUGUUACCCCCACCAGAACGGGGAGCGCGUGGAGCGCUUCUCCCGCAAGGUGUUCGUGGGCGGCCUGCCCCCCGACAUCGACGAAGAUGAAAUCACCUCCAGCUUCCGCCGCUUCGGUCACCUGGUGGUGGACUGGCCGCACAAAGCAGAGAGCAAGUCCUACUUCCCCCCCAAAGGUUACGCCUUCCUGCUGUUCCAGGAGGAGAGCUCGGUUCAGGCUCUGAUUGAGGCCUGCAUGGAGGAGGACGGGAAGCUGUACCUGUGCGUCUCCAGUCCCACCAUCAAGGACAAACCCGUGCAAAUCCGCCCGUGGAACCUGAGCGACAGCGACUUUGUGAUGGACGGGUCUCAGCCCCUCGAUCCCCGCAAGACCAUCUUUGUGGGAGGCGUCCCUCGCCCCCUGAGAGCGAUUGAGCUGGCCAUGAUCAUGGACCGCCUGUACGGCGGCGUCUGCUACGCCGGCAUCGACACCGAUCCGGAGCUCAAGUACCCGAAGGGGGCGGGGCGAGUGGCCUUCUCCAAUCAGCAGAGUUACAUCGCCGCCAUCAGCGCCAGAUUCGUCCAGCUGCAGCACGGCGACAUCGACAAGCGGGUGGAGGUGAAGCCCUACGUCCUGGACGACCAGCUGUGCGACGAGUGUCAGGGCGCUCGCUGCGGGGGCAAAUUCGCCCCCUUUUUCUGCGCCAACGUCACCUGCCUGCAGUACUACUGCGAGUUCUGCUGGGCCAACAUCCACUCCCGGGCCGGGCGGGAGUUCCACAAGCCGCUGGUCAAAGAGGGGGCGGACCGGCCGCGCCAGAUCCACUUCCGCUGGAACUAGAGACCCCCGCGCCCUCCCCCCCGCCCCCCGCUGUCCCAAGCUAUCAGUGUAAUCCAGUACGUAACACUAUACAGAAUAUACUACACGCCUAUAUAUCUAUGUGGAUAUAUAGACGUGUAUAUAUCUAUAUCUAUAUAUAUAUAUAUAUCUUUUUGUAGCAGCCGAACACCACAAGCCUCAGUUUUUCACCAAAACUCCCCCCACAUCUCAGGCUCUGACAGCUCGACGACUCUUUUGUGGUACUUUCAUCUUUUCUAAGAGGAGAUUUGAAGAAGAAGAAGAAGAAGAGAAAAAAAAGAGAGAUUGAUUUUUGUAGGUUUUUUAAUUGUUAUUAUUUUUGUAUGUGAGAUUUAAAGUAGAUAUGGGAAUGUUUUUUUGUUGCAUGGCCGACAGCUUGUCUGUUCGUCUGCUGCUAUAGCCGCCCCAGGUGUGUGUGUGUGUGUGUGUGUGUGUGUGUGUGUGUGUGUGUGUAGCGCACACCCACGUUCCCGGGGGGGAAAAAAGACCUUGAUUCCCUCACGUUAACCAAAGGUAGCAAAGAAAGAGACACAUAGAAAACGUCGCAUCCACACGUUUCUCUCCGGCAAAACAAACAUUUGUUCUUGCCGAUCUUCUUCCUAGAGAGUUUUAUUAAAAACUAAAAUACGUCUGCGCUCACACUGACCCACAGAGGGACACCUGAAGAUCCUGUUACCGUAUUCAACAGUUAUACUCCACAAGCUACUUUGGAAGCUUUGCUGCUAUAUAUACAUAUAUAUAUGAAUAGCUGUGUAGGUGUUAUAUUCAAUGUAUAAACCAGAGGUGCAGUGUGCACUCGGCCGCUGUGCAUGUUGUGACAAUGGGCGACGCUACACAAAUAGCAUGUAGGGUAGAAUUUACACAAAAACUAAAAACAAACCACUGAAAUCAUGACUGGGGACAAAAAGUAGCACGGGCAUCUUUUACAGAUGCCUAAGAGUGAAAAAGAAAAUGUGACAAAGGAGUAGGAAAAAAAAAGAACCGUAUAUAAACUUGCAUGCGUUGGUGUUUAUCUGUCGUCUGAUCGUUUACAUACUUAACGAUAAAAAGUGACGUUGGUCCUCGCGCAGCGGAGGAGAAAAGCGGAGUGGCGUUCAGUGGUUUGUGUCUUUGUCGUCAUGUGACUGUUCGUAGUGUAGACUGAGGCUCUAGUUUGUUGGACCUUCUAGAAUCCCCCGGCGUGUGAAGUUAAAGCGUCUCCUCUCCGCCGCUCGUUCGUCUCCUUUUGGUUUGCGCCCCCUUUGCGUUGCUCUCGGGUGUGAAGAAAAAAGAAUAAAGACACAAAUGUAACCACGGGGACGGUCUCCCUGUGAGGACGGAGCGCCCGGCCGUCCGCUCGGUACUGCACCGGUGUGUCCUCGCAGUUUUUCUCGUGGUCGCGCUGCUCGUUGUCGGUGUCCAGGCGCCACGUGUACCGUUACCAAACACUGAGACUCUAGUACUCUGUUUGUGUACAAAUACUUACCCAUCACUGGCCCUUUAAUACCUUGUUUUUCUGUUCUUUUUGUAUUAUGCACUAAUUUUCUAUACCCCCACUUUACCCCCCCCCCCCCUUAAGUGAUUUUAAGCGUCCACUUAUUUAUGACCCUAAAGAAGAUUUAUCAAAUUGUUUUAUUUUUUCAUGAUUACUUAUUUAAGAUGUAGCGUGAAGCAGUGGUCUUAAGUUAUCUGUGUUCUGUAUGAGUAGAGCAGAAAAAUCCAAUAUUUUCUAAUAUAUUCUAAUGUAGUCUGGAUGUUGUGAGGACCGCGGGUGUGGGGGGGGGGGAUGUCAGAGUGGCGUCCCGCACUUAAUUGAGGACGUAAAAGACGUAAUUGAGGGGAAAGUUAAAGAGUAACUAAACCACGACUAGAAAACAAUGUACAAAUCCUGACAAUUUGGUGUAGUAUUUGAACUAUUUGUGUGAUAUAUAUAUAUAUAUAUAUAUCAAAUGUUCCCGGCUUUUGGCUGGUUGUUACCCUUUCAAUUGGCCUGCGUAUCGCCGAAGCUGCUCUCUAGACGGUAUAAAAUAGGUGUAUCGGCGGCGCGAGGCCCCUCCCUCAAUUACGCAUAACUUUAAACCGUAAUGCCGUUGAAGCGGGCGAGUGAUGUAUGAACCGUCCUCGUUGAGCGAUUCCAGCUAGAGGAGCCUGAACCGUGUUCUCUGCCAGGCAGGAAACACGUUUGUUCCUGCUGCAAAGUGUUUUAAGAUGGAGGUCAAUAGACGUAUACACAGCAUACACGUAGCUAGCGCUGCCUAGCAUGCUAGCACACAUAGGCUCAAACGCGUAACAACAGCCAGCAUGCUAGCUAACGUACGGCAGCAUGCUAGCUAACGUACGGCAGCAUGUUAGCUAACGUACGGCAGCAUGCUAGCUAACGUACGGCAGCAUGCUAGCUAACGUACGCCAAUUGAAAGAGGAAACGGACAUCUUGAAACAGUCAUUUCAAAAACAACAAAUUUUGGAUAAAUGUGGAAAGACAACCGGCUAGAUACUAAAUGAGUGAAAUAUGCUGAAUCAAGCGCAUCGCUCUCCCUGGAUAAAGAGUUUGUGCACAGAUUGUGAUUCCACACCGACUACGGACAAAAUUAGCUGACGAAAGACGCAACUAAAGUGUGGGAUUUAGUUACUCUUUAAAUAGCGAGCCCCCCUCCCCCCCGUGUGGCUUUAGUUCUCAUAAACAUGUUUGAAUAUCAUCACCUGUAACACUUGACUCGUGCUGUUUUUGUGAGGUUGUAUUUUCUAUGUUUUAACACUGUUACUUUGUCCUGUUUGCGUCGUUGUUUUUGUAAAAAAUCAUAUUUAUUUCACUAUUUUUGUAGACAAAAAAAACUAUUUGAUUUUGAUUGUAUUUUUCUAUUUAAAUAGGAAUUAUUAUUCAAUUUAAUCCCCCACUUUGCUAAUUAUGUCCAGAAGUUCUGUUCAGAGACAAAGAAUCAUGUCAUCAGCUACAACAACAUCCACGUUUUUGAUAACACAGUUGACAUUUUCAUUUGAAGGAAGGAAACACAAAGAAGGUUUUAUCAUUUUCUUGGAAGACACUUGAGAUUCUCCCCUGUUGCAUCGAGGCCCCGGCUGCCCGUCCUCGCAGAUGCUCUGAAACUUGAAUAAAUAACACAUUUUGAAAGGCUGACUAACCUCGAAUCUGUGUUGUGAUGUGCAAUACUGUUUCUAAUGUUUGUAUAAAAAGUAAGAACUACAGUGUAAACCUUUUUAAUGCAGAUUUAUUUUUUUCAUUGCAUAUUUUGCAGAUUUCUGAUCCACAGUGUCAUUUUUUACUGUCAGAAAAAAUAAAAACCCCGUUUUUUCAUUGCAACUAUUUUUAAAUCCAGAUAUCUUUGUACUGAUGUAAAUGAUUGUAGUUAUUUUGGAUAGUGUUUUGCUAACAAAAGGAGAGACUUUUUCAUGCAUAUUUCUAUUUUCAUUUCAUCUUGUUUUCUCCCAUGUUUUAUUUUGUUUAAUAGUAGCAGAGUUCUUGGAAUCAUUUUUUUCAUAUCUAAAUGUCAUCGGUAUCAUUUUGUAUUUUUAUGUGGAAAUUCACUAUAUAUAAUAUUAUGAUGCUAAGAUAUUAUUUAGAGUUUUAAUUCUUUUUAAAGCUUUCUAUUUGUAAUUGUAUUGUCAAAGCUACUAAUUUCUAAAUCUAAAAGUUUGUGUAUUGAUUCACAAAAGUGGUUUAUGAGGUGUUUGGAUUGUAAUUAUUACUGAAUGGUUCUUUGAUAUGCAAAAUGAAUAUCAUGUUUAUUUUUAUUCUGUUGGUUUUGUAUUUAAAUGGGGUGUUGAUUACAAUCUUGUUUUUCCUUUCACUUCCUGAAUAAAGACCCAUUCUGUUUGGACACAA